GGAACCAUCACAACCCAGGAUCAUUUAUGUUAAUGAGAGAAGAGUGAUUAAGCACAUAACGACCCUCUAAGGAGGCACAGCUGUCACAACCAGGAAGUGUCAUCACAUAUGUGAACAUGUGCCAGACUGUUACUCUCCGCUCUCCUGCCGUCCAGGAAUCCAUCAGUCUUUUCAUGGCCUACGUUCACACUAGUGUCAACCAGGCAAGUGAAAAAUACCAGCGCAAUGAGAAGAGGUACAAUUACACCACCCCCAAGAGUUUUCUCCAGCAAAUCACCCUGUACAGGAACCUUCUGGAGAAGAGCCGCGCUCAGCUCCAGCACAAGAUGAACCGGCUUGACAGCGGCCUUCAAAAACUCCAAACCACUGCUGCUCAGGUUGAGGAUCUUCAAGCAAAGCUGGCGUCGCAAGAAGCCGAAUUGACCUUAAAGAACCAGAACAUUGAAGCUCUCCUUGCAAAGAUCGGACUUCAGACUGAGAGGGUUAGAAACAAGAGAGAGGCUGCAGAUGUUGAGGCCCAGAAGGUUUCUGUAAUCCAGGCAGAAGUAUCAGUCAAACAGAAGGACUGUGAAAACGACCUCGCCAAAGCAGAGCCAUCGCUGACGGCAGCCACGGCAGCACUGGACACCCUCAACAAGAUGAAUCUCACCGAGCUGAAGGCCUUUCCAAACCCUUCAGUGGCAGUGAUCAAUGUGGCAGCAGCUGUGAUGGUUCUGCUGGCCCCCCGCGGCCGAGUGCCUAAGGAUCGGAGCUGGAAGGCGGCGCGGGCCUUCAUGGGCAAGGUGGAUGAUUUCCUGCAGGCCCUGGUGUCAUACGACAAGGAGCACAUCCCUGAGUCCUGUUUGACUGUGGUGAAAAAAGAGUAUCUGAGAAAACCUGAAUUUAACCCUGAUCUAGUUCGGACCAAAUCUACAGCUGCAGCUGGUCUCUGUGCCUGGACUAUUAACAUUGUCAAAUACUAUGAGAUUUAUUGCGAGGUCAUUCCAAAGAGACAUGCAUUAUCACAGGCUAAUGCAGAGCUAGAAACAGCAACAGCCAAACUGUUGUCAGUUCAAAAGAAACUGGCGGAUCUUGAUGCCAACGUCCAGAGCCUAACGGCACAGUUUGAAAGGGCUACUGCUGAGAAAAUCAGUUGUCAGGAGGAGGUGGCGCGCACCAACCAGACCAUAGAGCUCGCCAAUCGACUGGUCAAGGGCUUAGAGUCAGAGAAGGAGCGAUGGUCCCAAGCAACUGUUCAGUAUGAAAAGCAACAGAAAACCCUGUGUGGUGACGUCCUCCUCACGUCAGCAUUCGUGUCUUACAUGGGAUAUUUCACCAGGCAGUAUCGUGUGGAGCUUCUGAACAAUUCAUGGAUCCCCUUCCUUCAGUCUCAAAAGGUCUCCGUACCCCUGACAGACGGCCUGGAUCCCAUCCUCAUGCUUACAGAUGAUGCCACCGUGGCUGCCUGGCAUAACCAGGGCCUGCCAAAUGAUCGGAUGUCCACCGAGAACGCUGCCAUCCUGACCACCAGUGAGCGUUGGCCACUCAUCAUUGACCCACAGCAGCAGGGCAUCAAGUGGAUCAGAAAGCGGCUAGGGUCAGAGCUGAGGGUGGUGCAGCUGGGACAGAAGGGAUAUCUAGAUGUGAUAGAACGAGCCCUGACUUGUGGUGAAACGGUUCUGAUAGAGAAUCUGCCAGAAAAGGUAGAUCCCCUCCUGGAGCCGCUGCUGGGCAGAAACACAAUCAACAGAGGAAGGUACAUUCAAAUUGGGGGGAAGUUAUGUGAAUACAACAGUAACUUCCAGCUCAUACUUCACACCAAGUUGGCCAAUCCCCAUUUCCCACCUGAGCUCCAGGCCCAGACCACCCUCAUUAACUUCACAGUGACCCCUGUGGGGCUGGAGGAACAGCUGCUGGGACAGGUGGUGUCCCGAGAAAGGCCCGACCUGGAGGCCCUAAAGAUGGAGCUGACCACCCAACAGAACCACUUCAAGAUUGAGCUGAAGAGGUUGGAGGACGACCUGUUGAGUCGCCUCUCUGCGGCCUGUGGUAAUUUCCUCGGCGAUAUUUCUCUCGUGGAGCAACUUGAGAACACCAAGACCACAGCCGCUCACAUUCAGUACAAGGUGGUGGAGGCCAGAGAGAACGAGACAAAGAUCAACGAGGCUCGAGAACUCUACCGCCCCGCAGCUGAGAGAGCGUCACUCCUCUUCUUCAUCAUCAGUGACCUCAGCAAGAUUAACCCCAUGUACCAGUAUUCUCUCAAGACCUUUAACUCGGUGUUUAACAAAGCGAUGGAGCGUGCAGAAUGGGACGAGGAUGUGAGGACCAGAGUGCACACCCUCGCAGAGGCCAUCACCUAUUAUGUAUUCCUGUACACCUGCCAGGGCCUGUUUGAGAGAGACAAGUUAACCUUCUUGUCACACACCGCCUUCCAGAUUCUACUAAAACAGGACCUGAUUGACGCUGAGGAAUUUGACUUCCUUCUCCGUUUUCCUGUGGAAGCGAGCAAACACAGUCCUGUGUCCUUCCUCUCUCCAUAUAGCUGGGGAGCCAUUAAGACAAUAUCUACAAUGGAGAACUUCAGUGGACUGGACAGAGACAUGGAGAGUUCACCGAAGCGCUGGAGGAAGGUUGUGGAAUCCAGUUGUCCUGAAAAGGAAAGACUUCCCCAGGACUGGAAGAACAAGAGCUCCCUGCAGAAGCUCAUUAUCCUGCGAGCGCUUCGCCCCGACAGGAUGACCUAUUCUCUGAGGAACUUUGUGGAGGAGAACAUGGGAACAAAGUACGUGGAUGCUGCCAGGCUGGAAUUUGAAAAGUUGUUUGAGGAAAGUGGCCCUUCCACCCCCGUGUUCUUCAUCCUCUCACCUGGAGUGGAUCCACUCAAAGACGUAGAGAAACUAGGUCUGAAGUUGGGGUUUUCCAUCGACCAGGGCACUUUGCACAAUGUGUCUCUGGGACAGGGGCAGGAAGAGGUGGCCGAGAGGGCUCUGAGGAACGCUUCUGAACUGGGCCACUGGGUCAUUCUGCAGAACGUCCACCUCGUGGCUUGCUGGCUGCCCUCUCUAGAUUCUCUUCUGGAGACGGCAGCGGUCGACAGUCACCCCAACUACAGAGUUUUCAUCACCGGGGAACCAGCAUCAAGUCCAGAGAAGCACGUGAUCCCCAGAGGAAUACUGGAGGACGCCAUCAAAAUCACCAAUGAGCCACCCACCGGCAUGAAUGCCAGUCUGCACGCAGCCCUCAACAACUUCAGUCAAGACACUUUGGAUCUGUGUUCCAGGGAACAGGAGUUCAACUCGAUGUUUUUCUCCCUCUGCUUUUUUCACGCUUGUGUCACAGAGCGCCGUAAAUUUGGUUCCCAAGGGUGGAACCAUAACUACCCCAUCAGCACUGGGGACCUCACCAUCUCAGCAAACAUCUUGUACAACUACUUAGAAGCCAACAGCAAAUCCAUGCAGGUGCCGUGGGAGGACUUGUGCUUCCUGUUCGGAGAGAUCAUGUAUGGAGGACACAUCACCGACGACUGGGACAGAAGACUGUGUAAAACCUACCUGCAAGAAUUCAUGCAUCCGAAAAUGUUUGAAGGGGAGCUCUCUCUGUGCCCUGGGUUCCUGGCCCCUCCGUUCAUGGACUACACUGGUUACCACAGUUACAUUGACGAGCAUCUCCCCUCCGAGAAUCCCACUCUGUACGGUCUCCAUCCAAACGCUGAGCUGGACUGCCUGACUGUCACCUCAGACAGCCUCCUCAGGACUCUGCUGGAACUGCAGCCGCAGGACUCCUCCAGAGGAGAGGGGGCGGCUCAGAGCUCAGAGGAGAGGGUCAAGUCCGUCAUCGAGGACAUUCUGGAGAGGCUUCCAGACGAGUACAACAUGGCAGAGAUGCUCACAAAGGCGACAGAGCGAAGCCCCUACGUUUUAGUGUGUCUCCAGGAGUGUGAGAGAAUGAACCUCCUGCUCGCAGAAAUAAGGAAGUCCCUCAUUGAGCUGGAUCUUGGACUGAAGGGAGACCUCACGAUCUCUUCCAGCAUGGAGACUCUGCAGUCGUCCCUGUUCAGCGAUUCGGUCCCAGACUCUUGGGCACGACUGGCUUAUCCCUCUACUAAAACACUUGCUCAAUGGUUCGGUGAUUUGAUGAUCAGCUGUCGGGAGCUGGACACUUGGACUCAGGACUUUGUUUUCCCUGCAGUAGUUUGGCUCCCAGGUCUCUUCAACCCUCAGUCCUUUCUCACAGCUGUGCUGCAGAGCAUCGCACGUAAGAACCAGUGGCCUCUGGAUAAGAUGACUCUGACUGUGGAUGUGACAAAAAAGACCAAAGACGACUUUGGACAUCCGCCGCGGGAGGGAGCCUACAUCCAUGGUCUCUUCAUGGAAGGAGCACGCUGGGACACUCAGGCCGGCAUCAUCUCCGAGGCGGUUCUGAGGGAUCUGAGUCCGGCCAUGCCAGUGCUGUACGUUAGAGCUGUGCCCGCGGAGGAGCAGGAACUCGAAGGUACUUACGAGUGCCCGGUGUACCGCACUAAGCAGCGCGGGUCCACGUAUGUUUGGACGCUGCAGCUCCGAACCAAACAGCCUCCUGCUAAAUGGAUUGUUGCCGGCGUGGCUCUGCUGCUGUCUGUGUGAGACGUAUGAGUGAGUUUUAUACAUAUACUGUAUAUAAAACUGGACGUAGACUCUGGGUAUAGAAAAUGAAGCCAAUGCAGAAUUGCCCGAAACCUAUAUUCACCUGAAUGACCAGCAGAGGGCGACUCCGCUGGUUGUAAAAAGGAGUCAGUUUCUAUCGAAGGCUGCGAAAAUUUGUUAUUAUAAAAAUAGUUAUUUUUACACAGUAUUGAAUUAUGUAUUAGAAAAAUGUUCCUCUUAAUCAUAUUUUGUGAUAAUUACUAAUAUACAAAACUAACUAAACAUUGUUAAUCUUGGUUUAUAUGUAACAUCUGUUUCUGUAGUGUAUGUUUGUGUUUUAGAUUAAAAGAUAAAGUAAAGAGGUCUGUGUUGAACCUGUGCUGAACCUGUGGUGUCUGUUGUGCGACACUGUUGAGCCUCUCCCUUGAGAUGGUUCAGUCUCAGCAUGAUUUGUUGGGAGCUUAUGUCUCCAUUUUAGACCAUGUAAUUCGGGAUAGGGAGCAUAUUUUAUUGGAAGGUCAAGAUUAAAAAAGCUCCCUGGCUGCCCUCUGCUAACUGAAUGAUACACAAUGCCGUCUGGAGGGUUCCCGGACAGAAUUCCCAGGAGAUGAUGUGCAUGGCCGCUAUUGACUUUUAAAUGAGGUGCAUUUGACAUUGACCUUUUGUACGGCAGCGGCAGAAUACUAACAGACUAGUGUAAUUCAUUCAGCCGGGGGCCUGUUGGAGAAAACCUAUUCAAAGACUCUGAUUGCGUUCUAUGAGAAAGCAACACAUUAGAUUACCCAUCCUUUAUCUGUCUGCGGUCUCUGUUAGCAUCUGAUGAACUUAACAAGAACCAAAUAAAACCUCUAAAGACACAGUU